AUGCCUGGUUUCUUCGCCUACGUCGCUGUCGUCGCCUCUCUCGCCGCAUCGGUCCACGCCACUCUUUACCCAAACCGCCCGGUCGCCAAUACUGUCUACCAAGCGGGCGAGGAGGCGACCAUUACCUGGAUUGACGACGGCUCGAGGCCGCACCUGAACGAGAUGCCCAAGCUGCAGCUUGACCUUUACGGGCCCGACGACAAAAUGCUGCAUACCUUGGAGAAGGAGCUGGACCCCACCAGCAAGCGGUGCGGUGUCAUGCUUUCGCGCGAGUUCCUCGGCAACGGCCAGAGCAGUUCGGGAUACUACCUUCGCUUCCAUGCACCAAAGCCACCUGUCGACAUCUACACCGCACGCUUCACGAUCACAACCGGCGCCGCAGCUCAGAGCCAGCCCGGUGGACCUCCCUACAACAACGCUGCGGCAUUCAACGCCACGAGCAACGCUUCCGCCGCAGGGUCAAAUGCAAUGAUCUCACCCGUCAUGCCCGCCGGCGGGCCUGUGCCACCCAACUCAUCUGCGGUCGCGCCGCCGCAGAACAUCGCCAUGGCACCCACGACGGCGCCCGCGGCCCCUGCGCCUGCCGCCGGCACGCUCACCAGUGCGACUGUCGUCCCGCACGCCACUAUGGGUACUGCGGGCUUAGGAGUUGCAAACGCUGCGAGCGGCUUGUUGAAGUUCGCGGGCGAGCUCGAUAUGGAGGCGAUCAAGUUUAGGCUGGUGUUCAUCUUGUGGCCAGCGCUCAUGGGGAUCACGCUCGCGCUCUAA